AUGCCCUUCAUGGAAGCUUUGAGGCAAAUAUUUUUCUCUACAGGUGAGUUUACCAUUACCAUACAAUGCAUCAAAAGUGGGAGUGCAGAUCCCACAAUUAACAGCCAAGGCAACCGAUACCCUACCCCUGUUAAUCCUAAUACUAAAGAGGUGACUCAUAGAGUGAUGACAGCUGGAAGUUGGAGGCAUUGGAAUUGGAGAUCGGAAGGUGACCUAAUGUUGAAUGGAGCAUUUUUUGUCCCAUCUGGGAAAGGAGCGGUAGCCAGUUACGCACAUGUGAAGAAAGGCAUGAAGUGUUUUCAUCUUUUGAUUUUCCAGACAAGGAGACAUGAUUUGGCUGGUGUUUUGUUGAAUAGAGGUAUCGACUUGGAUCCAUUAAGCAAGUGGUCAAAGGUUGGCUUGGUUGUAUAUGAUCAUCAAGUGCCAUAUGGUUCAACUCCAGAAUACAUGGCUGGUCAUUACAUGGUACUUAUAUAG